GGCAACGCACAAUUUCCCAGUGCCGGAUGAGCCCCAACUUCAGGCCUCAUCGCCCCGAUUGAGAAGCUACGAACGAUAUUCUUCUCGACGACGGUAAAAUUUCGCAAGUUCUCCUAGGUUUUCCGAAGGUUCUUUACCUGCAACCCACAACCCAGCACCACAUCUUCGCGAACACCGACACAGAGAACCUCUUUCUUCACAUACAGCCAUGGCGGACGUGCAAGAGAUCUUAAAGAAGAAGUUCGGUGGUGCCGCUCCUUCGCGAACUGGUGGAAAGGGUACCCCGCGACACAAGCAAAAGCGAAAUGUCGCCCGGAGCGCCAACGACGACAAGAAGCUUCAGGCGACCCUGAAGAAGCUCAACACCCAGCCUAUCCAGGCUAUUGAGGAGGUCAACAUGUUCAAGAGCGAUGGCAAUGUCAUCCACUUCUCUGCUCCUAAGGUCCAUGCUGCCGUACCCGCCAACACCUUCGCCAUCUAUGGAACCGGCGAAGACAAGGAGCUUACGGAACUGGUCCCCGGAAUCUUGAACCAGCUCGGACCUGACUCGCUCGCCUCUCUCCGAAAACUGGCCGAGAGCUACCAGAGCAUGUCGAAGGAGAAUAAGGAAGCCGACGACGACGAUAUCCCCGACCUGGUAGCCGGCGAGAACUUCGAGAGCAAAGUCGAAUAGACAGGCAGCCUAAUGACGCACCUUUACAAACGGACCAGACACCAGACUCCCUCCCUUUUAUUUGAACGAACGGAAUGAGUACGGGGAAAAACGAGGAAAAAAAUAACGGGAACGAUAAUAGCAUUUGGUCGACUCUCUUACACACGUCGCGAGAUAGGUUGGGAAGGGAGUUUUCGGUAGUUCAUCCUUUGCAAAUUUACGAAGGGGGGAUUUUCCCAACACUCGUCAUUAAUCAGGUAGUCUAGCGGAUGGUUCCGUUUUUGCCUCUUUCCCCGCAGGCGAUGGCAGACCAAUUCCAACACACGCUACUGUAGCGAGUCUGCGCUGCGGUCUGUUUCUCCGUCAAAGUUCUGCUAGCAGGUCACUUACCUAGGCACCCCGGCGUGGUAGUGAGGAAUCAAUAUCAUUGCUUGUAGGUCCAAGAAGAAAAAAAUUAUUUCAUAAA